AUGUCUUCUGAUUUUGAAACCUAUGAGCAGGACUUUGGAACCGUUACCGCGGAAUUAACCAACAAAAUAGGCAGAAUUCCCAAAUUGGGUGGAGAGGAGAAGACACAGCUGGUUCUAAAUGUCGACAAACAGCUUGAAGAAGUCAGAGAGUUGUUGGAGCAGAUGGACCUGGAGGUGCGGGAGAUCCCGGUUCAGAGUCGAGCCAUGUACAACAGCCGUCUGAAAAGCUACAAGCAGGAAGUGGAAAAGCUGGAGAAGGACUUUAAAAGGUCACGUAUCGCCUACAGUGACGAGGUGCGCAACGACCUCCUGGGGGAUGACGUCGGCUCCUCGGAGAACCAGUUGAUAAAGUUGCGUGAAGAGAGAGCGCAUCUGUUGGACAACACAGAGAGGCUGGAAAGGUCAUCGCGGAGACUAGAGGCCGGCUACCAGAUAGCGGUGGAAACAGAACAAGUGGGCCAAGAGAUUCUCUCCAACCUUCACACCGACCGCGAGAAGAUCCAGAGGGCCAGAGAGAGGCUGCGAGAAACGGACGCCAACCUUGGGAAGAGCUCUCGCAUCCUCACGGGCAUGCUGAGAAGGAUCAUCCAGAAUCGCGUGCUGGUCUUCGUCCUGGGAGCCUUCAUCCUCCUCACCAUCAUCCUGGCCAUCUAUUUCAAUCUGCGGGGCCACUGA